AUGUUUAGCGGCAACUCCACCAACUACAAUAAUCCCUCCAUCAACUCAAACUACAAUAAAUCAUCACUUUCUUCGGAGACAUUUCCUAACUACGAUAUUUCAUUCCCUCACUAUGAAGAUGAAGAAGAAGAUGUGACCGAAAUUGAUCAAGUGAAUAGUUCUAAAUAUUGGAAUGUAAAUGUUAUUAAUGAGAUGGGUCAUAUUUCAAACACACGUUAUGCUCAUUUUGUUGUUGAUGAAGAUGGAGAGGACAAAAGAUUGAUUCUUCUUUCCACUGGAAAGAAAUGGAGAGGUGUUCAAUGUUUGUUUUCUAAAUAUUAUAAGUGGGAUUUUAAAUUGGAGGAAAAUCUUACAAAUUCUCCAAAAGGAACAAAUGCUAGAAAUAGAAAACAAUUGAAGAUUCCACGUACACUCGGAUCUAAGUCGAUGGCAAGGAAGCGACAUAAGUGGGAAUUAAGAUAUGGACGGACAUAUAGCAGACGAGAAAUGAAUUCGGUCACUCAACUUUUUCUUUUGCAUGUGCAGGAGAAAUUAGAAGCUGCAUUUGAGAAAGUCUUCGGAAAAGAACAUCCGAAUAUAUUAGUUGUAUGGGACUUCGAGUAA